CUUAAUGAGGUUGUUCAGGUGAGAACUAUAGCUCCCUGCAGCCUUUCUGAGAAAAUACAGUGUUUACAUUGAAAGCUAGGAACACCUCUAGUUGCAGUCACUCAGACUGCCGCCAGAGGAACUUCCGAGUUGAUGCAUGCGUAAUUCGCAUCCAUCCAUCCAUUCAGAUGUGCUGUCAGCAGACAGGGCACUGUGCACAAGCAUCCUGUCUCCCUGAGGCUGUCAGCAGUGCAUGGGAGUCUGGGAGAAAAGAUCUGCAACAACACACAGCGUGGGCUGGCUCAUGCUGACAGGCAGAAGUUAGGAUGAUGCAUAGAUCUUCUGACUUCAAACUGUAAGUACACUUAUUUUAAAAAUUUAGAGUGAGUGUGAGAGGGUGUGUGAGUGAGAGACAGUGAGAAGUGAGUGUGAGAGAGACAGUGAGUGUGAGGGAAACAGUGAGUGUGAGGGAAACAGUGAGUGUGAGUGAGAGAGAGUGUGAGAGAGUGUGAAUGAGAGGGACAGAGAGUGUGAGUGAGUGGGACAGUGAGUGUGCGAGAGAGACAGUGAGUGUGAAUGAGACUGUGACGAAGUGCCCUUCGCCAUUUGUUCCUGGAGAGGACUAAUUGCCAGCCUCUUGUCUUGUGACUAUGGCCCCUGGGAGUGUUUGUAUUUUAAAAACGUUAUUUGGGCUUAUGAACUUUUAUUAAACUGUUUCUGACCCUUUAAAUGCUCUGGGUAAAGAUCUGUACUUUUGCUAUGGCACUAUGGAAGCAGCCAAAGUUCGAAGUGGCCGCCAUCCGUGGAGGUGGCCAUUUUAAUUUAGUCGAACACAGUCAGCGGUUUAAGUUAAUCGAACACCGCUGAAGUUGGAACUAUCCCAUUCGAAUGGAGUCGAACAACGUUCGACCAUUUGAACGCCGAAGGCACCAGUUCGUGCAUUUGAACUGUAAAGAAUAGACCGGCCGCAUAGCUCAAAUCUCUGGAACUGUUUUGGGCAUGAAAAUGUGCGUGGACAUAAUAAUGGACUAGUGGAGAAUGAUACUUUAUGGUGCUCAUUUAAAGCAGUAAUAAGGGGACAUUGUAUAAUGCUCAAUAAAUUAAAGAAAAAAAAGGGGCAAAUGUACAAGAUCUUUACAUUGAAUUAUAUAAAUAAAAAAACAAUGAUAAUCCAACCAAGGACACUCAGUUAAAAAAAGAGAAAAUUAAAUCUGAGAUUCAGGAAAAAACUUAUGAAAAAAUCAAAACAAAUAUGCAUAAACUUAAAGUUAAAUAUUAUCACAAAUCUAACAGAGCUGAUAAAAUAAUGUCCAAUAUGCUGAAAAAAAAAAAGAAAUACGACCAACAAGGUUGAUAAAAUAAUUACUAAUGAUACCAUCUCCCUUCUUCCAGAACAGAUAGGGAAAGCAUUUAAUGAGUACUAUGCCAACUUAUAUAGUCUUUCAGUAACUACCCCUUCAGAAAUAAUAAAAAAAUAUAUUUAAUCAGCAAAAUUGAAUAAAAUAACAGAAACACAGGUAAAUAACCUAAAUAAAGAGAUUACGGAAGAAGAGAUCAAUAUAAUAAUAGAUAGAUUAGAAACUUAUAAAACGCCAGGUCCGGAUGGAUUUGGAAAUAAAUUCUACAAAACAAUGAAACUUCAUUUGAUAGGCCACUUAAAAAAUACCUUUAAUUCUGCAGUUAAAAAGGGCAGAUUCCCAGAUGAAAUGCUUAAAGCAAAUAUUUUACCUAUAUUGAAACCAGGGAAAGAUCCAACUAAAGUACAGAGUUAUCGCCCAAUAUCAGUAAUAAAUGUAGAUAUUAAGAUAUUUUCUUCCAUUAUAGCUAGCAGAUUAAAAGAAGUUAUAAAACAGCUAAUCCAUCCUGAUCAAACAGGUUUUGUUUCAGACAGAAUGUCAAGCAAUAAUAUUAGACGCUUGAUUGAUGCACUAGAUAUAUCACAAAAAAAAGAAAAUCCCAGGGUCAGCUGGGACUUUAUUAAGUUUACCCUAGAAGAAGAACUAGGUAUACAGGGAUGGUUGCUUAAUGCAAUCUUAGCUUUAUAUAAAGAUCUAAAGGCGAGAACAAUCGGUCCGGGUAUAUGCUCAGAUUGGUUUAAAUUGAAUAAUGGGACCAGACAAGGCUGUCCUUUGUCCCCUUUAUUGUUUAUAUUAACACUAGAGGUUCUAGCUAACAGAAUUAGAAAUAAUGAAAAUAUUAAGGGAUUUAUAGCAAAACAGAAAGAACUGAAAAUAUUUCUCUAUGCUGAUGAUACUAUUCUAUUUUUGAGCAAUUCGUCAACAUCAAUAUUAAAUGCAAUGUCAGAAAUUGAUAUAUAUAUAUAUAUAGUGAAGUAUCAAAUUACAAAUUAAAUAAAACAAAAUCAAUUGCUAUAUAUAUCAAUAUGUCAAAGCAAGAAAUAAAUUCCUAUCAAGAAACAUAUGGCUUUACUAAAGCUUUAUAUUUAGGAAUUAAAAUUUGCAGAAAGGUAGAAAGUACUAUGCGAAUAAAUUUUAUGGAUCUCCUAAAAGAAACUAAUAAGAAUUUGAAAGAAUGGAGAAAAUUAGAAGUAUCUUGGGGAGGAAGAAUAAAUAUUCUAAAAUCAUAUGUUUUGCCAAAAUGGAUUUAUAUGUUUAGAAUGCUCCCAUUAGAAAUCCCGAAUGCAUGGCUGACAAUGAUCAAUAAGGCCUCUUCUAAUUUUGUAUGGCGAGGGAAAAAACCUAGAAUUAAAAAUGGAGUACUAGCAAGAGGAAUAAAGAAGGGAGGCCUAGGAUAUCCAAAUAUAAGAAAAUAUUAUGAAGCAGGAAUUAUUGCGCAUGUUAUGGCUAGUCAAAUAAAACAAAAUAAAGAGGAAGUAUGGUGGUGGUCAGAAUUAGAAUCUAGCCAAUUAAGAGAUACUGUAGAGUUACUCUGGAGUACAAAAAAAAUGCAAUCUAUCCAGAUCGUACAUUUUAGGACAGAUCACUCCAAUAUGGCAAAAAAUAAGGAAAAAAUUGAUUUGGAAAAUAAAAUAUUUGAUUUUCAAAAAUUAGAAACAAUAGAAUUAAAUAUGGAGAAUAUCUCCUUAAAACUAUGGAAAGAAAAAGGAAUAAAUAUUAUAAAAGAUCUGAUUAAAGAGGAUAAAAUCAAACCUUAUAAAACGUUGGUAGAGGAGUUUAAGAUCUCUGUUAAAGAUGUAUAUACUUAUUUUAGAGUAAAACAUUAUUUGGAGAAAGUUGAGUUAGUAAAAGAGGGUAAGAUGUAUGAUAUAUUAAAAUCAAUAUUAUACCAGAAUAAGACAAAGCAGCUGUUCUCUAGAUGUGUUAGAAUGUUGGACCCAAUGGAUGAUUCUGUCCCGCCUAGUGCUAUUAAAAAAUGGAAUAUUGAAUUAAAAAUUAAUAUAGAAUUAUCUGAAUGGCUAUCUACCCUACAAAAAAUCAAUAAAUAUGUCCACUCCUUUAUAUUGAUAGAAACACACUUCAAGUUGGCUAAUCAAUGGUAUAUGACGCCAACGAAAAUAGCUAAAUUUGAUGUAUCUAGAGACACGAAGUGUUGGAAAUGUAGAGAGGAAAAAGGAAACUAUAUUCAUAUGUGGUGGUCAUGUAAACAAGUGAUUGUUGUAUGGCAGUGGGCUCAACUUAUCAUCCAUACACUGUGUGAUGUUAAAAUGUUUCUAAAACCUGAAAUAAUGUUAUUACAUUACAAAUGGCCAAAAUUUAAUAAAAUAAAUCAAUUUUUAAUUAUUCAUUGUUUAAUGGCCUGCAAAAUAAUAAUAGCAAGGAAUUGGAAGGGAGAUACCCCUUUUAACAUCAAAUUAAUAACAAUUCAGUUGGUUUACCAACUUAAAAUGGAGAAGGAUCAUUGCAAGCUUCUGAAUGAUAAUUUGAGCCUAUGGGAAAACUGGGAGAAAAAAUUACUACAAUUGUAAUAUUAAUAUCAUUUGAAAAGAGAUAGAGAAGUUGGAAGUCAGUAGAACUCUCGUGGGGAGGUGGGUAGUUUUGUGGGUUUUUUUUGUGUUUUCUUUGUCUCUGUGUUUAUGUGUAUGAAUUUGAAUGUGUUUUAAAUACUUUUUUGUACAAUGUAUUUAUGGUGAAAAAUCUGAUAAUAAAAAGAGAUGUGGAAAAAAAAAAAGAAAAAAAAAGAAAAUGUGCGUGCGGUCGGUCAAAAUGGGACUUCCACCUAACUCCCGAACGGCUGAACGGAUUCAAAUGAAAUUUGGAUAUGUUGUUCCCAUAAUUAUGCUGUUUCUAAAAAGUAAAUUUUAUGCAAAUAUGAUGUGUAAUUUUAAAGUUAUAAAAGUUGUGUGUAACGGACCGUUUUGCUAACAAGAGGUUAAAAACCGUUUAGGCGAUAUUCCCCUUUCAGAUGCACAGACAGCUACUGCAAUCACCAAUCUCCCGAACUGCAAACUACACAAAUUCUCCAACUCCCGAACAGGAAACUCACGAAUACCGGAAACAGCUGAACAGGAAAAACCAUACGAAAGGUUUACACUCCUGCCAGUCAGCAUACAAUCCAAUUCCCCCAAUAACGAAACGACACUUCUUUUGAGGGUUAAGCAGAAUCUGUUUACUGGCACCAAAAUAACCUUCUUUUAUGCAGGUUUCCCUUAGAUAGGACCACCCAUAGGGUUUUACAAAACAACCAUUCAUACACGUAUAUUACAGAAACACUCCCAGCAAUUAUACACAAAAAUCCUCCCCUCUGCCUGUGAUCUAAUUAUGGUACGGAAUGGUUUAACAUAAUUAAACACAGGCAGUAAAAAUACAGUUUUUUUCACAUAUCCUGUAACUUUAAAACUACACAUCCAAUCUCCAUAAAAAUGACAUAUUUAGAAUCACCAACCUUCAAAUAUAUACAUAACCAAAAAUCAUUCAUCCAGGGGUUAAAAAGUUAGCUGGAGGUCCCUUUAUGACCGACCGCAAGCACAUUAUCCUGCCCAAAACAGUUCCAUAGAUUUGGGCUGUGAGGUCGGUCUAUUUCAGGCUGAAAAAACGACUAAGUCCCAUCGCCGAAUGGUCUCUACGGCUGCAAAUACGUUGUGGGAGAAGGUAGGUCUCAGCGGUGUUCGCAGAAAUGUGUAGCCAAUUUUAGUUCCAUGAAUUUGCCUACACAUACCACUGACCUCGUGUGAAUGAACAAAGAUGGCCGCCGCCACGUGUUCGACAAACGAACAAAGGCCACCCAGCUUUGUCAAUUAAGCUGCGGUUAACCGCAGCUUCUGGGAGGUAGAUUGCCAACACACUCCCAAUACAGGUGGUCUGCCUGUGUGGUACUUGGUUCAGUAAGCCCCAUUUAUUGAACCAAGUGGGAAAUAGCUAGGAACAAAGGGUUUUAACCCGGACUGGGGACACAGUCUUAAAGGGGCAGUGUCCAAAUUUUCCCUAUGCCCCAAAAAGGUGCUUAAAGGGCCAGCACCAGUCCCACAAAAAUGUACAUAAGCCCUAAUAUGCCCACCGACUGUCUUAAAGGGCCAUACACACCCAAUAAAAGUCCAUAAGUCUUCACAAUCUCCCAGGGGCCAUAGUCUAAAUGCAGCAGACGAGCAACCAGGCUUCUCCAGUGCAUAGUGGCGAGGUUGGUUCUGCCACAUUGUAUGUACGUAUUGUAUUUUUGCUUGGAGAUAAUUGAGUUAAUACAGCCAUUAAACUCAAUUAUCUCCCAAGCAGAGGGGAGGAAUUUGCUGUGAUGAAUGGGAGUGUCUAACUAUGUGUCUGGAUAUGAUUGGUUGUUACGGUUGUGUUUUCAGUACCCAACAAGGUCCAUGUGGGUGGUGUCACGUAUUCAUCCGCUUACAAAAAUGUGGUUAAUGACUUUUACUGUCCACACAGGAAAAGUUGUGUCGAGCAACAACCAAAUCCACAGAAGGGUUAAUGCUGAGCAGAAAUUAUGCAAAUGAGAUCUGGUAACUGCCUUUGGGGUCAAAGCCUAUCAGACCUAGAGGAGGGGUAUUUAGGCCCAGUUCUCAUCCUGCUCAGUGCCCUGUCGUGGUUUCCCUUGUGGUUGUCCGAGAGUGUUAUUGAUUCUGGUUAUUCUGGUUAUUUGACUUUGGCAUUGUUUUUGUCUCAGGCGCCCUGUGGUAAACCUCAGGACAAAUUGUUCGUUCCAUUGGGGGAAAGGGUUAAUAUCAUGAAGGUGUUUCACAACAAUGUGUCUGCUGGUCACCCAGGUAUUAAUAAAUCCACUUCUGCUAUCAUGAGGUCAUUCUGGUGGGAUUCCCUCAAGAAGGAUGUUAAGGAGUAUGUGCAGGCUUGUUCUGUUUGUGCGGUUUCCAAAGUACCUCAUAACAAGCUAAUCCCUUGUGGCUUGUUACAACCUCUUCCCGUUCCUGAGGUCCAAUGGUCCCACUUGUCUAUGGAUUUCAUUGUAGAACUUCCUAGUUCUAAUGGUUAUACCACUAUUCUCAUGGUUGUUGACCGUUUUUCUAAAAUGGCUCACUUCAUCCCUCUCAAGAAAUUACCGUCAUCUCAAGACCUGGUACUGAUCUUUAUACGUGAGAUUGUCCAUCUGCAUGGCAUUCCUCACAAUAUUGUAUCUGAUAGAGGUUCUCGGUUUGUAUUGUUCUUCAAUAAGCAAUUGGGGAUUGAAUUGUCUUUUUCAUCCUCUUACCAUCCCCAGACUAAUGGUACAGCUGAGAGGGCUAACCAGUCUUUGGAGUUAUACUUGCGUUGUUUCGUUAAUAGCACUCAAGACAAUUGGUCCGAAUUAUUACCAUGGGCUGAGUUUGCUAGAAACAAUGCUGACCAUGACUCCUCUGGGCAUAGUCAAUUUUUUGUUAAUAAUGGCCGGCAUCCUACUGUCCUACCGGCUGUUUUUUCUGACACGUCUAUUCCUGCUUUGGAUGACCCUGUGGCUUCCAUCCGUGAUACCUGGGUUAAAGUUCAAUCUGUUCUGGGUACUGCUGCUGACCGUUUCAAGCAUUUUGCUGACAAGCGUUGAGGUGCCAACCCUGUUUACCAAGUGGGUGAGAAGGUUUAACAUCAGGCUCAAAGUCCCUAGCAUGAAAUUUGCUCCUAGGUUCCUUUGACCUUUUCGUGUCCUUUGUAGGAUCAAUCCUGUUGCGUACUGUAACGGACCGUUUUGCACACAAGGGGUAAAAACCGUUUAUGCGAUCGUCCCCCUUUCCAGAGAUGCAGGCACAGCUAUUGUAAAACACCAAACUCACGAACCGCCAAUAAGUGAAUGCUCCAAACUCCCGAACGGCAUCCAACAUAGCACUCCAAACACACGAACUGGAACCAUACGAAUCGCUGCUAGCAGACGAAUAGGAAAAGCAUCCAAGGGGCUUACACUCCUAGCAAUCAGUCUCUAUCAGCAUUCAGUAAAUCCCCCCCCAAAGACAAGACAAGGCUCCGUGUUGAGGGUCAAGCAGUGGUCUGUUUAAUGAGGGCUACCUGCCGGGGACCUCAGACCAUGACCUCACGAUCGAGAGAGAUCACAUAGGGCAUUACGUCCCCCCACACCUAACCCGGCCAUGCCGUGAGACGUGAUCGUCAAAUUAUUACUAUACACCACCAAAGAAAAAUUGAUGGCCACAGCCCGUGCAAAGUCACUGACCUACCAAGGACAAUCGCUACAAUUUUUCCAAGAUCUGGCACCCACGACUCUGAGAAAACUAAGGAAACUUAAACCCCUUACCUGGCCCAACAGGGCUGGAAAUAUAUGUGGGGCCACCCGUUCAAACUAAUGUUCCGGAAGGACAAUCAAUCUUACACCCUCCAUCACCCUGCAGACAUGAUGGACUUUGCCAAACAUAUCGGAGUCCCACUGCUCCAAGUACCAGCACCCGCCGACAGAGACCUACAAAGAUCAACCCGUCCCACACACAGGGAAGAACCGACACCCCACCGCCUGUCUCAAAGGAACAGACCGCCUCAAACUCCAAGGAAUACCUCGCAGAUGGGCACUUAAAGGAGAAGCACAGAGACAUGGACUUUACAAACAGGACUUGCCUCCAACGCUAUCUUCUAAACAGGUUUUCUCCCUAUCCCACCCCCCCCAAAAUAAAAAAAAUAGCCACCCUACCCCACCCAAAAGCCCCCACCACCCAGGAGGUACAACCUGUAUUCCCCUAAGGGUAUCUCCACGUGGUCUAUCCGCCAUAGCCCCUACCCCAUACGUGAUCCGACCACUACCCGGGCCAGCCCUAGACUUAAAGUGGCCUCCGGGGCACCAGCACACACCCUCCCACAGCCACGGAGAAGAAUCCCACAACAGGCCGCUGACACGAUCAACACAGGCCCACAAACCAGCCCCACAUAACCUCUCACUAUGACCCCCAUCCAUAUCCCCUGUGGCUAAAGAAACGCUAAAUAUUAGAUGUACAUGUAUAAUGUGUAGGUUAUGCUCAAGGGCGCACAAGCGCAUGUUUGUUAUUGUUAGCAAUAGUAUAGGCGAAACUCACAGGAGACCAGGGGGGCAUGGAUGCAUAUCACGCCAUAUACAUUAAAAGAAAACAUAGACAUAGGCGUACCAACCAGCCCCACAACCCCCCCACUACUACACCUACUGAGUGGUGGACUCCACGCCCCCCUUGUUACUGUAACUGUUAAUAGGCUAUGCAUAUGGUCUGGUCUCAUAGGCACACAAACGCACGCCCCCCUUGUUUACCAAGGCAGUCAUCAAUAAGGAGGAGGGGAAAAGCAAUGUACAACAUGUGGUAAAUAACUUUGUACUGUUCUGUGACCACGACGAAAUGCAAUGACAUAUGCAAUCCCUCUUCAGACAAUGUCAGGAUUAGACCGCUAGACAUGGGUAAUGCCUAAACUUUCGCCUUAUAUAUUACGAAGUUGAAUGCAAAAUGUACUGAAUUGAAUGUUCUUUAUUAUUUUCAAACCGUUCAAAAUAUUCUAUUACAGAUGCACAAAAAGGACUCACAGCCCCCCCACACUACACCCGAGACGGGACACGCUUUCCACGCUAUGGACCGGAGAGACGGGACCCCAGUGCAGAGUGGGACAGUGACCAACACAGUGACCAACACGCCACUACAGAAACCCCCUCACGAAACGUACGCAUAACCCCCCAUUAAACAAGGCACCAUACGCCUGACCACACUGACAGACAUAGAACCCACCGCCCACGCGGUAAGCCUCACUAAAGCCUAGAGUACACGGGGCAAACAAAGGAAUCCAAUCCUACUCAGCGCAGGCAUUAACCCCCACCCCUUCAUCCCUCAGCAGUCCCACAGAACCCACCAACCUCACUCGAUUUUAGAACCUAGAAGAAAUAAAGAGACAGACAACACCCACUACCUGGAUCUCACGCCAUACAAAGCUACACCCUCGGCACUCCUAGGCUCCCAGGAUGGCUCCAUUAGAAGGAGAGACAGAGAGUAUACUCCACAGAUUUAGACAUACGGAGGGCAUAGGGAGCAUCCCAAGGAGGACUACCUAGGACAGAGACAGGACGCGCUAAAAAUCGGACUGACAACCUGAGACAGCGACCUCAAACACUAAUGCGUGCACACCCCUCACACGAAACCCAAAUCACUUGCUACCUACAAGCUCACAGGCUCGGGGGGGAGAAAGGGGACCUACCGGCUACCUCGACCCCACCACUUCAAACCCCUCUCUUCACGUCAAACCUCCAGCUUCACCCUGUACUCGCAGACAGGCUUGGCAAAACUCCGCUCCCUACUAACCUGGCUAUAUCCACGUAAGACCAGGUCUCACUGACACACUCCUCAUACCCACGGCUGGCUCAUUAAUCUACACCAUUCACCCGUACUACACCACCCCUCCAGCACCCUCUUUACCCCACCACCCAGUCUCCCCCACCCACCCGCCUGGUCUCCCCGCACACAAAUCAGGGACACCACAUCCCGGGGGAGUAAGCGGGGGGGAGGGGAAGACCCAUGGCUCCCACACUGACUUGCACCUCCAUAAACUGUAAGGGCCUCAAUGUCAUGAUUCCGGAACCUAACAUGCUAACAGGACACAGAAAGGAAAGAUGCUAUAUCGGUCCUUAGAGUGGCCGGGCUAAGCACAGUAAGAAUGGUCAGGAGACAAGCCAAGUAAAGGGAGCCAGAAAACGGGAGAACAAGAAACAAGCCGAGAUCAAAGGAGUGGAGAAGACAGGAUAGUCGCAAUAACGAGCCAAAUAAUUGGUAACCAGAGAGAACCACGAUCAAACUACAAUACAGGUAUCACAAGACCACAACAGGGCACUGAGAAACAGGAAAGGUAAGUAUAAAUACCCUUUGCUUAAUUCUGAUUGGAUAACUUCCAAUCAGAAUUAACAAUCACACGUGGGAGAUAUCUACGCCUCCCACUGUGAUUGUGGUACUGUUGCUUUAACGCCGGGUCACAUGAGUGACCCUGGCAUUUGCAUAAAUUACCGACCUCCCAGCAUGCAGCGUUAUACAUGCUGCCGCUGGGAGGCCUAGAGGACGCGAGUGGCGAGCAGACCCCUGACAUAACCCCCUCUCGAGGACCGCCCGAUGGGCGGGAAGCCGAAGGCUUCAAAGGAAACCGCGCAUGAAAGGAGUGGAUCAAAGAGGGUGCAUUCAAGUCAGAGGCAGAAACCCAAGACUGCUCCUCAGGGCCGUAACCCUUCCAAUCUACCAGAUACUGCAACUGACCCCGAGAAAAACGAGACAGCGCAGAGGGAAUCCGGACGCCUGAGAGGACCAGAGAAUCGAUUACAGAGCAAGGGCUUCAAAAGGGAGGUGUGAAAAGUGUUAGGUAUACUCAUGGAAGGAGGCAAGGCCAGGGAGUAGGACACAGGAUUGACCUUACGCUAUACCUUAUAGGGGCCAAGGAACCUGGGUGCGAAUUUCAUCGAGGGGACCCUGAGGCGGAGAUUCUUAGAGGACAACCAAACCCUAUCACCCGGGACAUAAGAAGGAGCAGCACCCCUACGACGAUCAGCAAAUCUCUUCUGAGUAGCAGUCGCACGAGAAAGAGUAGCAUGGACCUGAUCCCACAUCUUCCGUAAGGAGGUGAGGUGCUCGUCCAAAGCGGGUAUUCCCUUGUCGGAGAACACGCCUGGAAGGACAGAGGUUUGGAACCCAUAAGCAACCAUAAAAGGACUUAAGCCAGUAGACGAAUAAGUCAUGGCGAAUUCAGCCCAGGGAAGGAGGUGAGACCAGUUGUCCAGGUGCGCAUUUGUGAAGCGGUGUAAAUAUAACUCUACAGAUUGAUUCGCUCGUUCGGCGGCUCCAUUAGAUUGGGGAUGAUAGGAGGAUGUAAAUGACAAGGAGACACAAAAGCCCCUCCAAAACCGAGAGACAAAUUGAGGACCCCUGUCGGAUACGAUAUCCUGUGGUAUACCAUGCAAGCGGAACACCUCUUUGGCAAAUACUUGAGCCAACUGAACCGCAGAAGGUAGUUUCUUAAGUGGAAUAAAGUGUGCCAUUUUAAAGAACCUGUCGGUCACAGUCAAAAUUACUGUCUGUCCACCAGAUGAAGGAAGAUCUACAAUGAAGUCCAUGGAUAAGUGGGUCAUGGUUUCUUGGGCACGGAUAGAGGCAUUAGGAGUCCCGAGGGUUUAACAUUAGGGGACUUACACUGUGCGCAAACACGACAAGCCUGCACAUAAUCCACCAUGUCAUGCUUAAGUGAGGGCCACCAAAACUGUUGAAGGAGACUCUUGUAUGUUUUGGUAAACCCUGGGUGACCAGCCGUUUUGGCUGUGUGAAAUAAAGCUAACAAUUUCUUUCUAUCUUUUUCUUUCAUGUAUAAUCUACCUACAGGUGUCUCAGAGGGUGCUUGGGUUUGGUAUGUCUUGAUACCAUCAAGGAAAAGAGACGAAAUAAUCAAACGGGUAGCAGCUAUUAUCUUAGAUGUAGGUACAAUGGGUUCAGGAGUGGGGGCAAUUGACUCCAAAGGUUCGUAUUGUCUGGAGAUAGCAUCAGCCUUGACAUUACGGUACCCAGGCCUAUAUGUGAUAAUGAACUGAAAGCGUGAAAGAAAUAAGGACCAUCUGGCUUGACGAGAGGACAACCUUUUAGCAUCUGCUAUAUAGGAGAGAUUCUUAUGAUCAGUUAUAACCAGGAUUUUGUGUCUAGCUCCUUCUAAUAAGUACCUCCAUUCUUUAAAAGCCAUCACAAUAGGGGGCGGGGCCGGACCGCCAUGCUAACCGGUCGCAUGCAGGAGAGGCUCUGGGGAAACCCGGCCUUUUAAGCAAUUUACAGCGGAACUUCACACACUAAACGGGCCAAAAGACACCCACAGCUGUGGGAGCGGCGGCAGACCCCGAGAUCGGGAGUUCUGAUCCUCUGAAGGGGGCAUGGAGCUUCGAGGGCUGCGGCAUACCCGGGAGGGGAGCGUGGUGGACGGCCGCCGCUGCGUCUCCUUCCCCUGCUACCACAAGCUGACUGCCUGAGUUGCUUGCCGGCCCUGUUUCCCCCCCCUUUGGACCGGGGGGGUCAUCCCGGUCCCCACUGAGGAGAGCCUGAGACGGGCGGCUGCUGAGGGGAGACUCUCUAACUGCCUCACAAAAUGGCGGCGGCAGACAGCUGAACAUUAUCUGCUCCUGCACCACGGAGCCCCUUUUAAACCACGGUUCCUUCAUCUGCCCUGCCGGAGGGCUUCAAGUAAAAGAAUACCGCAGACAUGAUCACCGCGAUCUGGGAGAAUGAGAGACCCCGGGCCCGCAAUGGAUAUCCCCAGGUGGGGCCAAGUGCAAAAGGCGCGAAAUGAAAGUGUGCUGCAGCGUGUAACGGCCAAACGGACCUACACGAGCCUGAUAUGGGGAGACUUUCCACACACAGAAGAGCACUGGUGAAGCUGAACUGCCGUGGUGAGGGAUCAGGGUCCGAAGGGAAGGAGUCACACAUGCCAGCACAGAGACUCUAACACCACCACAGGACACUGACUAAAUAAGAGAAGCUGCAGUUUUACAUCAGCUACCUAUCUACCUCUUGUCACCUAAAAAGUGUUCUAUCAUAUACCAUAGCCAUACAAUUAUACUACUAUGUCUAUUAUUAAUACCUAAUAAUAUAGGAAUACACUCAGCCCCGAUGGCCGCCCGCCUACCUACUCUGGCAGUGGUAAAAUCGAAGUUUAACCGUGUAACUUUCUUGAAAGCCCACAUUUACUUAAGCUACAAUUUACAUCUACUAGCAUAAACAUGUAGAUCCCAUCGUGACCCAUUGCGUUAGCUAUAAUAACUAAGCCUGCGUUUAACAUCUGUAACCUGCCCUACGUUAGUUUAUGUAGGAGUGCACAGAGCUUGUAACCUGAAGUGAUUAAGCUAUAAUUGCCCUAUAACCUGAUUGAUGAGCCAGCUUUUAGUUCAGAUGCAUACUUUGCAAUUGUUCUUGUUGAUGGAAGGUCUGUAACUCUUUGUCUAGCAAAGUAAUCUAUGCACUAACAUACUUGUAUUAUAUAGCGGGUUAAUUUUACAUGAAAAAUAACAAAAUUUGUGCUGUUUUAACUGCAUGCCAAAGCAACCUGAUGUUCAAAAUACACCUGCAUUCGCUGUUGUGGCACUGCAAGAAUUCAUGUUAACUUUAACGCUAAAACGUAUAACCGUAACUCUCAUUAUAUCUUGCAUCUAAUAACUAGUGUAACUAUCUUUUACAACCAUCUACUUUUAAACAUAUGCCAAUCUAGUAUUGUUUCACGCAACUUGUUGUCUAGUCUAGACUUAACUAUAUAACUUGAAAUACUACAGUCAGCAAUGUAAAAAAAAAAUUUUUCAACUGUCCUAGAGCAGCUAGAGAAGCCAGUGACUAGACCGAAGGCUCUACAAAGCUUAGAACGCACUGUGCCGCCGAGAUUUCGUAAGACCUACCCAGGCCCACUUGUUAACUGAAUACUCAGCAUAAAGCUUAAACGUGGACAAUCUCGACUAAAUAACAAAAAAAUGUGCAAGGAUUUAUGGAAACCCCAUUGUUAAAAAUGUUGAUAUUCAGCGUGAGGAAUGCUAUUGGGGCACCACACGCCUGCUGUUAUGACUUAUUUUGUUUUGCACUGCAAAAAUAAAGAAUUAAAAAAAAAAAAAAGCCAUCACAAUAGCUAAUAGUUCCCUGUUCCCGACGUCGUAAUUCUUUUCCGAAUCAGACCGUUUUUUAGAAAAGUAACAACAGGGAUGGAGGGGUUCGUUAUACGAUAGUCUUUGUGAUAAUACAGCUCCUACACCUGAUUCUGAAGCGUCUACUUCCAUAACAAAGGGAAGGGAAGGAUCAGGAUGGUGUAGCACAGGGGCAGUGGCAAAUGCCUUUUUGAGAGUCUCAAAGGCUUUAACGGCUUCAGGAGUCCAAACCCUGGGGUGCAAACCCUUUUUAGUCAGUUUCAUGAUAGGAGAAAUGACUGAUGAAAAGUUUUUAAUAAACCUGCGAUAAUAAUUGGCAAAGCCUAUAAAUCGCUGGCCUUGAGGAAGAGGCCAAGACAAUAUGGCUUCUAAUUUUGAAGGAUCCAUACUGAAUCCCUGUUCAGAAAUGAUGUACCCUAGGAAUUGUACAGAUUUUUGGUCAAAUAAACAUUUCUCCAAGUUACAAUAAAGACUGUUCUGCAGCAACCUCUUAAGUACCAUCCUCACAUGGGCAUGAUGUGACUCCAAAUCAGGAGAAUAUACAAAUAUAUCAUCAAGAUAAACCACGGCACAGACAUGCAGUAAAUCUCUAAGGACAUCAUUUAUGAGGUUCUGAAAGACAGCAGGAGCAUUACACAGUCCAAAAGACAUGACUAAAAACUCGUAAUGCCCACUGCGUGUAUUGAACGCUGUCUUCCAUUCAUCAUUCUCCUUUAUACGAACGAGUUAUAAGCCCCCCUGAGGUCUAGAUUAGUAUAAUAUAUAAAACCUUUAACACGGUCAAACAACUCAGUAAUGAGAGGGAUAGGAUAAGCGUUUUUAACUGUUAUAUUAUUCAGGCCUCUGUAGUCUAUACAUGGCCUCAAAUCGCCCUCUUUCUUGGCAACAAAAAAGAAACCAGCACCAGCCGGAGAGGAGGACCUUCUGAUAAAACCUUUACGUAAGGAUUCCUGUAUGUACUCCUUCAUGACCUGGUUUUCUUUCUCAGAAAACGGGUAGACCUUACCCCUAGGAGGUAAUCCCGGUGUGGGGGUCGUUUAUCAGCUUCGCUUUUUUCAAAGACCAAUGCGAGGUCUGCAUACACAGGAGGGACAGAAACAGAAAGUGUUUUAGCUGUAGGCACAUUAAGUAAGCAAACGGGACGUAAAUGGGCCAUACAGUCUUGUUAACAAGAUUCCCCCCAGGAGAGUAUAUCUAGACAACCCCAAUCAAGUACCGGGUUAUGCUUCACUAACCAAGGAAAGCCCAGAACGAUGCAAGCUGUAGGGGAGUCAAUUAUUUGAAAGGUUAACUUUUCCUUGUGUAAGGCACCCACAGCCAUAACCAUUUCUUGGGUUUCAUGAGUCACCAGAGGUUUAUCAAGUGGUCUACCAUCUAUGGCCUCAACGGCCAAGGGAUCAGAUUCAAGGCUGCGGUUUUUGCAAAGUUCUCAUCCAUAAAGUUGUCUGCAGCCCCUGAAUUGAUCAAGGCUUUAGUUGUUAUAGUGGUUUGAUUGACCAAAAGAGUAACCGUAAUAAAUGGUCUGGAGAUGGACACAUGAGGGGAAAAAACCAUAACACCCAAGGCCAACCCCUCUUUAGGCCUUAGGUGCUGAAGUUUCCCCGCAAACUAGGACAGUUUCUUCGGAGAUGCCCCCUCUUUCCACAAUAAAGGCACAAGCCCUCCCUUCUGCGGUAUGUUCUUUCAGCUUCAGUUGAGCCUACAGCACCUAAUUGCAUGGGUUCGGGAGGUGGUUGAUUAGGGGGAGGUAAUGCUAAUAAUGCAGUACUAGGUAAAGCAGGUAACCCCUGUGUAUUCAUUCUUCUUUGACUACGCCUCUCUCUAAUACGGUUGUCAAUAAGAAUGAUAUAAUCUAUUACAUCAUCCAGAAGAACAGGCAAUUCCCUGGAUGCUAUUUCGUCUAAUAUGUAAGUGGCCAAACCCUCCUGAAAGGCUGUUACGAGGGCGUCGUUAUUCCAAACCACUUCAGCUGCCAGAGUGCGGAAUUCAAUGGUAUAAUCCGCUACAGAUCUAUUACCCUGUCGGACCCUAAGCAGAGCUUUGCCAGCAGAAGCAACCCUGCCGGGUUGAUCAAAUGUACGUUUAAAAGCUGUCAAAAAGUCUGCAAAGGACAUUGAGGAUGUAUUCUCCCACAUGGGAUUAGCCCAUGCUAGAGCUUUCCCAGACAAGUGGUUGAUCAGAAAAGCAAUUUUGGUUCUGUCAGUGGGGUAGGAACGAGGAUUCAUCACCAAAUGAAUAUCAAUUUGGUUGAGGAAACCACGGCACAACGCUGGAUCACCGCUAUAGCGCCGAGGUGGCGUCAUGUGAACCAUGUGAGCAGGAGCAGGUACUGGAUUGGGAAUGGGUUCUGACACAGCAGCAACAGCAGCUUCUUGAACGGCAGGUUGCAAGUGGGCAGUACGAACCAGUAUGGUUUGUAAAGCCUGGGCAAACUGAUCCAUACGGUGGUCUAAACCAUCCAUUCUAGCCUCCUGAUUUACUAACAACUGUGGAAUGUCAGCAGGUUCCAUGGUGGCCCUGUUGUAAUGUCACGAUUCCGGAACCUAACACGCUAACAGGACACAGAGAGGAAAGAUGCUAUACCGGUCCUUAGAGUGGCCGGGCUAAGCACACUAAGAAUGGUCAGGAGACAAGCCAAGUAAAAGGAGCCAGAAAACGGGAGAACGAGAAACAAGCCAAGGUCAAAGGAGUGGAGAAGACAAGAUAAUCGGAAUAACGAGCCAAAUAAUUGGUAACCAGAGAGAACCACGAUCAAACUACAAUACAGGUAUCACAAGACCACAACAGCGCACUGAGAGACAGGAAAGGUAAGUAUAAAUACCCUUUGCUUAAUUCUGAUUGGAUAACUUCCAAUCAGAAUUAACAAUCACACGUGGUAGAUAUCUACGCCUCCCACUGUGAUCGUGGUACUGUUGCUUUAACGUCGGGUCACGUGAGUGACCCCGGCGUUUGCAUAAAUUAACGACCUACCAGCGUGCAGCGUUAUACAUGCUGCCGCUGGGAGGCAUGGAGGACGUGAGCGGCGAGCGGCGGAUACCAGACGCCGCUCGCCGACAGGUAGGAGGGGGGGAGACCACGUGCAGCCUCCCCUCACAGCCGCCAGCGGACCCCUGACUCAACAACCCCCUCAAACGCCAUCAAACAAUGCGCUGGGCGAAUAGAACCCGGGUGCAAAUCAUCUUUUUGCAAGAAACCCACUUUCAACACAACAGGGCAUUCCCAUUGCAAAACCGAAAUUUCAACAGACACUUCCUAGCGAACUCACCGACAGGCAAACACAACGGAGUAGCGAUCUUAUUACACAAAGCAUGCCCCCUUACAGUGGAAAGAAUCAACGUCGACCCACAAGGCCGAUACAUAACUGUAGCAAGGAGAAUAGGCGCUCAAAAAUACGCCCUCUCCUCAAUCUAUGCUCCUAAUGCCCCAUCAGCCUCCUUCUGGCAAACAAUACAGGCAGAUCUUGCGCUAUUCUCCUGAUACCACUUAGUAUUAGGAGGAGACUACAAUGCUACCUCAUCCCCAGCGAUAGACAGGUGCAGAACAGGUCCUCUAACAAACCCACGCACCCACGCGGCUAAACCCGACAAACUCUUCCAAUCCUUCCUCACACGAACCCGUCUCAUAGAUGUAUAGAGGGCCCAACACCCCACCACCCAAGACUACACGUUCUACUCCCACCCACACCGCUCCCAUUCGCGCAUAGACAUGUUCCUGACUUCCCCAUCAAUGCUCCCUAUGAUCAAAUCCACGACUAUCGGAUCAAUAACAUGGUCGGACCACGCCGAAAUCUCACUUACAUUCGACCCACCAAAUGUAACACACCAAUGGUCCUGGCGACUGAACCCUACGCUGCUACAUAACCCCACGAUCCGCGAUACUACCUCGCAAGCCAUUUCAGACUACUUCUCCCUAAACAAGCACUCAGUUACCUCACCGGGGAUCCUAUGGGCAGCACAUAAAACGGUAAUCAGAGGCACCCUGAUCAACCUGGCCUCCCACCACAAAAAAACAACGCCUAACGAACCUCGAACACAACCUAAAAGAACUCCGCUCACUGGAAACCGCAUUCAAAAUCCAACCCACACCCGACCUAAAUGCUAAAAUAUCACAAUGCCAGGCAGCCAUAAAAGACUUCAUGUCUGCAGACACAACCAAAGCCCUCCAAUGGACACAUCAGCUCUUUUAUGAGAAAUCAAACAAGGCUGAUACCCUACUCGCCUGUAAACUGAACCGCAGAGCUGCCCACAAACAGAUUACCAAAAUCCACACGAGACGCCAGAACAAAUAGCAACAGUAUUCCAAGAAUACUUCUCAGAACUCUACGACCACAGCCCCCAACACAGGCACAACCCCACCCUGCUAACUGCCAAAAUCAACGACUACCUCGACUCUAUCACUCUGCCCUCAGUAACACCCGAAGGAGCUAGCAGGUUGACAGAAGCAAUAACACCAGAAGAAUUAGCUAACACACUCAAAACCCUAAAACCAAAUAAAUGCCCAGGCCCAGAUGGCUUCCCGGGUCUAUACUACAAAACUUUUGCAACAGCCCCACUUUCACAAAUAAGCGAUCUCUUUAACUCAAUGCUUCAGGGGGACCCUCUUCCCCCAGACAUGUUGCAGGCAAACAUAUGCCUCCUUCCGAAACCAGGCAAAUCCCAUCUGGACCCCGGGCAUUACAGGCCAAUCUCUCUGCUAAAUGUAGAUAUUAAGCUAUUCACAAAGGUUAUGGCAGAGAGACUUAACCCCCUUCUGCCAAAACUCAUCCACCCGGACCAGGUAGGGUUCAUCCCGAACAGACAGGCUGGUGACAACACCAGACGCACCUUCGACCUCAUAUGGUACACUGACCGCAGACGCAUUCCCACCCUGAUCUUAUCCCUCGAUGCUGAGAAAGCAUUUGACAGAUUGCUAUGGCCCUUCCUAUUUGCAACAUUACAAAAGUUCGGUUUUCCACGACCCUUUCUCAACUCUCUGAGCAUGCUAUAUUCCUCCCCAACAGCUAACCUUCUCCUGCAUUUGGCUAGACACCCAUCUUUCCGAAUUCAGAACGGCACACGACAGGGAUGCCCCCUCUCCCCAAUCCUAUUUGCCAUCUCCCUGGAACCGCUACUCCAAGUCCUCAGAACCCACAAAGACAUACACGGUGUACAUAUCAGGGCCAAAAUAUUCAAGACUGCCGCAUACGCGGACGACAUCCUCCUGACAAUCACAGACCCACUAAACUCACUCCCACCCCUAUUCAUGGCGAUAUCAGAAUACGCUAAUAUCUGCGGAUACAAACUUAACUUGGAAAAAAAAACGAAGCUCUCCCGAUACAGAUAGACCAACCUACCCUCCAAUCCCUCCAUGCACGCCACCCGUUCAACUACCAGACCUCUGCCAUCAAAUACUUGGGCACCAUUCUCCCAGCUGACCUAACACAAACCUACAGUCUCAACUACGCGCCCUUACUUCACACAGCCUCACAAGACCUCGAAAAAUGGAAAGACAUGUCCAUCUCUUGGAUUGGCCGAAUGACCUCGAUAAAAAUGAACCUCCUCCCGAGGUUCUUAUACCUCUUCCAAACCCUCCCAAUUCAGAUACUCAGGUCCAAUUUUAAAAACCUGCAGACCAAAAUAGACAAAUUCAUAUGAGCCGGCAAAAGAGCCUGGAUCGCCCGCCAAACACUUUACAUACCAAACAAAGCAGGUGGACUGGCACUGCCCAAUUUCACCCAAUACUUCCACCCAGCACAAAUAGCACAAACAAUUCAACUCCACGGCGCCCCCGGCCAUAAACAAUGGGUCGAUUUUAGAACACAAUAUAUUCGGAAAGGACUUCCCAUCCCUAUACAUCUGGCCCCCGCUCCUUACACUUCCCCAGCGGUCCUUACCACAAUCAAAAUAUGGGACAAAAUCACUGAAAAACACGACCUCAUCUCCCACCCCUCCCCACUAAUGACCAUGCUCCGGAACCCACUGUUCAUGCCAGGUAUGUCACCAAAGGACUUUACCCACUACGAAGAUAAUGAUCUGACCCGCAUUCACCAAUUUUAUAAGGACCAACAAAUCAUACCAUUCACGGAACUUCCCCAACAAACCCCCCUCACAACCCGAGACUUCUUCCGUUACAUACAAAUACGCAGCUUCAUUGCCAAGCCAGCUCUAAAGAAAGCAGGCGCCACCCCCCUCACCCCACUAGAAAAAGCAUGUAGCAACCACCCACUCCACCAAGGACAGAAACCACACGGGAGGGUUCCACGCCCUAUAUAGCAGCCUGGGAGAAAGACCUAGGCCCCAUAGGAGACCCAGAGGCUACAGCAACCAUCUCGAUUUGUGUCAAUCACAUAGAGCAAGCAUAUAAGACACUCCUCAGAUGGUACCUCACCCCCCUACGCCUGAAACAAAUGAAACAAAAGGACAACGACCUAUGCUGGAAGGGGUGCGGAAAUCGGGGAAAAUACAUCCACAUGUGGUGGGAGUGUCCACAGGUAAUCCCACUUUGGCAACAGAUAGCACAAUUAGCCUCGCAAGCGCUACACACCACCAUCCCGAUGGACCCAUGGUUAUGGCUCCUCUCUAGACCCCUUAGAGACACCCCAAGGGCACAAAAUAAGCUGAUAGCCAAACUAGCGCUAGCCACCAGGCAAGCAAUUGCAGAAAAAUGGGGGAGCCCAGACAUACCACCCAUAACCCUCAUAAAACGCAAAAUCAAUGAAGCAAUGACAAUGGAUAAACUCACCUCCCUAGUACACGACACCACCAAGCACUUCGACAAAAUAUGGGAGCUAUGGGUCUUUGAAUUCCCAACCCUACCGAACAACCCACCCUGCGGGACAGACUAGACGGGGGAGGCACCUUUGGGAAAAUCCCUCGAGGAUCGUCCCAAACCCCAAACCUCCCCCUUCCCCUCAUCCCCUCCCAUAUUACCCAGCCAAACCACCCCAAUAACUACCCCUUCCCCUACCGGACUGAUACUAAACAUGAUUCAUUUUACCUAUCUCACGAAAAUCUAGGUUAACGCACGACUUAGCGAAUAAACUCAUACACAAGUAAUCAAUCAACCACUAACUCAGUCUAUCAGCACGUCGAAUCGCACAAGCUUAUCUAACCUUUAACAUACUUCCUGUUCGGAUUAUAAAAAAAAUGUGCAAUGUUUUUCAGUGCCAUACUAAUGAUGUUAUAUGUAUACAUAUUCGCUUGCACCAGCUGUUAUGGCAGAGUGAACUAGGCUGUUCACACUUUGCACGGAAGCAGUGCACAUCACUGGACAGACAGGUAUACCUAACCAACUUAAGCAAGAACUAUGCUUGAUUCCCUCACCGCAUGUCUACCCAAACACUUCAACAUGUUCAUACCAAAUAACCCAUGUGUUACAAAACCUCUAAGAGGUUAAUACCUUGCCUGACACAACCUAUUAAUACCUACCUUGCUCUAGACAGUUUAUCUCUGUACGAAUGUGUUAUAUAACCAGCCGAGGCGCAAACCCAUAGCCAGAUACUUAGCCUGUGAUUUACACGACAAAUGCUUAAUAUGUUUUUGCUUUUAGUUUGAAACUGUUCUUUAAUAUGUACAAUGCCAUUCCGGUCACCUCACAUAUAGUGCAUCUUAACAUUGUAUAUCUUUAACUGUUUGAACAUAGUACAUGUACCGUUUUUAUGUACUUGCAAAAAAGAAAAAGAGGCUACCUUUUGCUCCUUGAUUGCACUCAUGGCUUGUGUGAGCACCUACUGUUAUAUUCUGAUAUGUAUUACUCAAAUGCCUCAAUAAAAUAAAAUAAAGAAUUUACAAAAAAAAAAGAAGUAGAAAUAGAUAGAUAGAGAUAGAUAGAUACAUAGAAAUAUAGAUAGAAAGAUAGAAAGAAAUAGAUAAAUAGAUAGUAAGAUGAUAGAUAGACAGAAAGAAAUAGUGUAGAAUAUUGCAUAUUCUAUGUUUCUAUUGAUUAUAUAUGGAUGUGUGGAUUGACAUAAGUAACAGAUGGUCUAAGUCACAAGGCUUUCUUUGUCCGAGAGCUCUGGAAUGUGGAUUUGGGGGUCUUGUCCUUAUAUGGCUAGAGUUAAAUGCUGACUUUAGUAUGAGCACAUCUAUAUAGUAACAGAGGGGCACAAGGUUGCUCUGUCUUGGCUCUGGCUCUCUCUCGAUGUAAAGAUGUAAGGAUUUAAAGAAGUCCAGCAAUUACCAUCUGCUGUUGAAUGUCCACUAUCCUGUAACAUCCUUUAUUAUGUUUUAUUAUGUAUCCGUAACUAAGAAUAAACCUAAAGAAACCGUAAGUCAGAUUGCGUAUUAGUACUUUUCAAUAAUAUAGACAUAUAUUAUUGUGGCGAGCAUUUGGCCCAAGACUAUAUAUACAAAAGACGUAUAUAUAUCAAUCAACUGAAGACAAGAAGAAAUUAAGAAGAUUUAACAGUGACAAUUAUUCAAACAAGAUUUUACAUUGGCUAGCCAGCCAAUCUUCUAUUCAAGGUUUGUUCCCACUUCAAGGGGGGAGAGAGAAGAAUCGAGUUACACCGCUAUUUUGGAACUGGGAAAACAAACUUGAACAGAAAAAAAGAACCGUGUUAAAAGCCGUGUUAAGAGCUGUGUGUGUUUAUCAGAAGACAAAGAUUUUCAAAUCACAAAGACUGUUCCAAGAUUAUAUUCUACAACAGACAAAAGCACGUGGUAUAAAAAAAGCAGCACAAGAUACAACGUGAAUUCUAGAAGCAAGCACGUGGCAGAGAUUGGCAAUCAUCCAGAUUCAAGCCCAGAACUGUGCAGCUGUGUGACUGAAGCAACUAAAUAGACAGAAGUAACUGAUCUGGUGAGUAACAUGGAAUUCAUAAACGAUAUGGCAGAGAAAAGUAAAUUGCAGUUUGCAUUUAAUAACAGCUAUUCAGAUGCUGUUUUGUGGCAAUCUUUAUACACACAAUGUGAAAUUGCCAAUAGUGAAAUUGACAAGAAAUUGUUUGUUAAUAAGAAAAAACUAAAGAUCAGAAAUGUUAUGAAACUAGUCUGUACUUACAAUGCAUUGAUUUGUAAACGAGAUGCAGGUCAAGACAAUUUAGAAUUAGCAGAUAAAGAAAUAGAUUUGAAUGGGUUAACAGAAGACAAAUCAGAUUUAAAUGAACAGUGUAACAAUGUAACAGAGAGAACAUUGUCAGAAACCAUCUGUGAACUAGAGGAUAGAGUUGAACUAAGAAAUUAUCUUAGUUGCCAGCUUACAAAUGAAGUUAAGCAAGUGUGUGUUAAUACAAGAAAAAUACAGGCACAGAAUUUAAUCCCAGAACCAAUAGAUACUGAAAAUGUACCCUCACAGAGUGAUUUGCAGAAAUGUAAAUUUCAAUACAGAGCUGCAAAACUUAAUUUGAAAAUCCAUGAACAAUUACUGAAAAUUGUGAAAUGUAUUCCAGUUUAUGACACGUCAGUGGAUGCAUUUACUAAUGCUGAAAUGUUUGAGUCAAAUGUGGACAAAUAUAGCCUAAAUGAUGAACAAAGGAAUAGACUAUUUCAAAUAUGGCUGCCGACUCAAAUGGCCUGUAAAAUGUGAGGACGAUGAUGAAAUAGUAUGUGGAAAUAAGCAAGACAGAUUAACACAAUUAAUAAAAUUAACAACAGGGAAUGAUUUUGCAGACACUGAAAUGCUGGAAAAACUAAAACCACACAAGGGGAAGGAUAUAUUUAGUUUUCUUGUAAAAUUUGAAAAUGCAUAUAGACUUGUUGCUAAUUUUCCUGAAGAUCAGUUAAUUAAUGAAUUUGUGAAAAAAUUUCAAGAUCUAGAUCCAACUGCAAUUGUAAUUGCUAGAGAAAAAAGCACUUUGAAUGACGUUGCUUUAUUCUUAGAUAACUUAAGGAAGGUAACCAAUAAUGAAGGGGUUAAAAUGACUUGUGGAAUUAGGCAGAGAAAGAAGUGCAGAUUUGACACCCCUCAACCCCCUCCUCCUUCUUCUAGGACAGAGUGUAAAAGAGUGAUACAGAGAGCUGAGCCCCUCCCAAUUUGUUCAACUAGAAACUGCACAGUUGAUAAUUAAAGGCAGAAUAUAACUCCUAAAAUUAUUUGUUUUUGGUGCAAUAAACAACAUUAUUUAAGAUCUUGCAGAUAUUUUAUCCGAGAUAUCAAAUCAAAAGCAAAUGAGAAAUUAAAUUUGUUGAUUGAAAAUUUUGACAGAGAAAAUACAUGUGGGGAUAAAUCAAUUAAAGCCUUUCCUUGUAAACUGAUAAUCAGACAAAUAAGAGCAAUUUUAGCUAAAUUGAAAUUAGGAGACAGACAAGCAAUGCAGUGUAACACAGGAAGUUAUAAGAAUCAGAUAACUUCAAGAGAUAUGAUCAGUUUAGGGAAUGAGCAUGGAUAUGUGUGCCAAUAGAUGUACACAGGCUGAUUACAGAAUUAAGAACAGCACACAAGAAUAGAGUUAGUUUGUUGUUUUACUGAAUUGUUAGUCUGAACUGUUUUUAUGUGUGUUAUAAGAAAGUAUUAGGUUAAUUCAUUAAAAUAAAAAUUUACAUCAAGUUUGCAAAUAUGGCAGAAUGAAAUACACUAAUGUAGCAGUUAGGAACAUGCAAUGUAUGUUAUAUUGGGUGUAUGCGAUUAUACAGUAACUCCAAUCUUUUUACAGAAGGAAAAAACAAUGGAUAUAUUCCUUGUUGCUUCUGAGGUUGAUUUAAAAUCUUUGAUUUAAUUCAUGAGAAUGAGAUUUUAAAGGACCACUAUAGUGCCAGGAAAACAUACUCAUUUUCCUGGCACUAUAGUGCCCUGAGGGUGCCCCCACCCUCAGGGUCCCCCUCCCGCCCGGCUCUGGAAAGGGGAAAGGGGUUAAAACUUACCUUUUCCAGCGCUGGGCGGGCAGCUCUCUGCCUCCUCUCCUCCUCCGAUCCUCCUGCGGCUGAAUGCGCGCCGCGACGGCAAGAGCUGGCGCUCAUUCAGCGAUCGCAUAGGAAAGCAUUUACAAUGCUUUCCUAUGGACGCUGCGUGCUCUCACGUGAAAAUCACAGUGAGAAGCAUAGCGCCUCUAGUGGCUGUCAAUGAGACAGCCACUAGAGAUUAGGGAAAGGCUUAACCCAUUGAUAAACAUAGCAGUUUCUCUGAAACUGCUAUGUUUAUUAAAAAAUGGGUUAACCCUAGAAGGACCAGGCACCCAGACCACUUCAUUAAGCUGAAGUGGUCUGGGUGCCUAGAGUGGUCCUUUAAUGUCAUGACUGAUAAUGGAUUACUAUAUUUUGCAAAGCCUGGACAUACAUAUGUUUUGACUACAUAGAAGACAAAUGUUUUGAUAGGAUAAAACCUAGAUUUACAAAUACAUUUGAUGUAGGAAACAAUAUAUGUUUUUUGUAGUUUAUUUCAUGUGACAAAAUGGUGCCAGACAAGAUGGCUGCUAUUGCUAAAGUAUAGUGGAAAACAAUAUUUAGUUGUAACAUCUGACAUGUGAUUAGGUUAUACCUCCAGAUUAUUAAACAGUUUAAAGGGGGGUAUGAUUAAUAAGGUAUGAUUAAUAAAAUGUUUGGAAAAUUAAAAUGUUCAGAAAGAUUUUAAUAUAAAGGAAAUGUAAAAAUUAUACAUAAAAUGGCAUAAAUGUAAUGACCACUAGAUGGUAGAUCUCAUGAGAAGAAAUUAGUAUGUUUUGUGUAGUCAAUGUAAUUCAAUGUUAAACUGCAUAAUAAUAAUGAAAUAUAAACAUUGCAAGCCAUUGUAUUGAUGCUGCACAUGUUUUUUGUUUUAAUGUAGGUAAAGCGUGACAGAUCCAUGUGGCAAUAAAUCAGGAAAGCAUUCCUUCAGAUAACUGGACAUCGACUGUUGGAAAGAGACUUUUCAUCUGAUCUGCAAACUGUGAUGGAAGAUUCUAUAGAGUUCAUUCGAUACAGAAGAUUAACAGACUUACAAAGAAAUAAAAGAUUGGCACUAACAUGAAUAUCAAUUCCUAAGGGGGCGGAGCCGACUGCCAAGCCAUAUGGACGUGUGCUAGAAGAGCUCCUCUGCCUAGGAAAGUGAAUCCCAAAACAUUGGGCAUUAAACUACAUGAUGGGACACCCCAAACGGCCCCAAGCUUCCCAACAAACAUCAGGCAAGACUCCUGCCGGAAAAUCGGGGGCACUAACAAAAUAUUUCAGAGAUACAGCGGAUCACCCGCCCGACCCGGUAGGCCUCAACCCGACACGGGACUCACCUAAGGCCUCAUCGCCGCCAUCCAGUCCCUCGGGGUCGGAAGGAACGCUACACUCCACUGAUGGGGAUAUUAGAGAUAUGCUACGAGCGCUACCUUCCAAGCAAGACCUGGCCCACAUGCUACACAACCUGGAGACAUCCUUCCAGGCCAAGUUAGAGGCCAUAAGUGCAGACUUCCGACAAACAGCACAAAGGGUCACGACUCUGGAAGAUGAUAGAGAUACCAUGCAGGUGCAGAUAAACAAACUAAGAGAAACGGUUGCCUCACAUACAGACCACUACUCUGGCAUGCAGCGCUCGAUGGAUGACCAAGACAACAGGGGGCGCCGCAAUAAUCUCAGAGUGAAAGGCCUACCCGAAGUGGAAUGCGAAAACCUACAGGCCAUACUGCAGGAAUUAUUCAACCUCCUACUGAACAGGCCCGCGGACACCCCAGUGUUAUUUGAGAGGGCGCACAGAGCUCUGCGCCCAAAAGGGGCCCACCCGGACCAACCUCGCGACGUGGUGUGCAGACUCCACUACUUUGAGUGCAAGUCAAAAAUCCUGGAUGCGCUAAGACAGUCGCAGCAACCACUUCUAUUCCACGAUGCGACCAUUGCGAUAUAUCCAGACGUCUCAUGGCUAACACUACAGGCCCGUCGGGCCCUGAGGCCCAUUACGGAUCAACUCCGUGCCAGAAAUCUUCGAUACAGGUGGGGCUUUGCCUUCUCACUCACCGUAAUAUGCAAGGGCAUCCCACACACCAUCUCUUCGAUUGCUGAUAUACCGCUGUUUACCCGAGACCUCGAUCUGUCGGAGGUCAGGAUCCAAGACUGGUACGGCCCCAUCCCUACCCCGAACACGAUGGGACAGCCACAACACACGCGCAGGCAACAUUCACCUAUGAAGCGGAGGGUGGACUUCCCGGACAAGUCGACAGGUGAACCAACCCAACAUCUCACCCGCCAAUAAGAAACUAAACUCUCCACAAUUUACACCGCAGAUAUGCCACAAGGCCGGUGCUGUGCCUCACACAUCCUCCUCAAAUGUUGACCGCGCUACAACAUGAUUGGGGCCCCGAAGUUGCACGGUCCGGACGCCGCAACCACAGAAAUAACAAGCAACAAGGUCAGUAAGCUGCAGAACGCACUACUUAAUCAACCCCAGAAAGGCCACACAGACACACGGGACACGCAAGAAUUUAAUGCCUCUGACUAUUGCCGGACUACUACCCCCUUUCUAAACACUGAAAGCAACCCACUGUUGACCAACGCCAUUUUCCUAAGGACCCUUCUACCUUCCCGGUAUACCGCCAUGAUCAGCCAUGGGGGUCUCAAAACUCACUACAGGAAGGCUCGACCUAGGGACUUGACCCCAGCCUGUAGGGGAUAUCAUGGGUGAGGAGAUUGGUGGUUCGAGGGGCCCUGAAUGACUUGCCAGGUUUGACUCUUAUGCGGACUGUACCGGAAAUCCCGGUAUUCGAUGCAGGGCGAGCGGCGGGGGCCUAAAGACCCACCUACAUUCGUGAUCCCGCUGUGAGGGUUGGCGGCGGAUCCCCGAACUCUCCCUGCGGGUUGUCCGAUAGUCACCCCCUGGUACGGAGGCCGGUGCUACCGGCGAUUAGUUAGUUAAUCGUAUAUUCACUGAAUGCCUCGAUACCGCUAGAUUACACAGAAAUGUUUGUUAGCUGUCUUAAGAUGUACCAGACUAUCGACCGGACAAUGAAAGGCCCCCGCCCAUUACUUUCCCACCCCCGACUACAGCACUUUCUCUUAGUAAAGCUCUUUCCCCCUCCCCUUUCUCACUAUUCCCAGCUCCUCACAAGGUAUGCAGGGACAACGACUGACCCCUCCUUUCCCAUGCCAUGACGCACACCGACCACAGGCGACCCUCCCCAUCACCAACUCGCUCACCCCCCGCCGGCUGCAGGUGAAACACGACCUGACGACAAGGUGACAGACGCUAGGCAGACAGCAAACUGCUCAAGAACCAACAGGGGUUCACGGCUUACUGAGGGAAUUACCAGUGCACUGUGGGACAGACAGCCAGGAGAAGAAUAUCGACCAACCUUCCCCAAAACUGAAUCGCCCCCUACUUAAGACUGAUCCCCGAAACCGAAUCCCAGACCCAUCCAUCCGACCGGGACAGAGAUCCCUCCCCCCUCCAGAAUAUAGCCCACAAGAAACGUCACAUUCGCCAGCUACCGACCAAACAUGAAACAAAUAUCUCAGGGUACGACAGGAGACUAGACGACGGACAGAGAGGUACAAAUUAGAUGUUGCAUUGCUGUCUCCAUAGGAAUCGCUCCCCCAAUGAACCUCCACAAUGAAACUGUAUCUAUACAGAGCAAGGCACCAUUAAUGCCAAAAACCAGAGUUAGUCUCACAGAUACAUUAACUUAUGGGAGCAGAAUUCCACACACUUAACUACACAGAUGCAGGGGACAGUCCCGAACUGACACCUCUAACCCACACAGGAGGCACAGCACAGGCUCAUUACACACUCACCCCACACAACGACAAAGCCCACUCCUAAUCAAACACAAACACCACAAACAGGAUUCCUUUCUGAAGCAGACAUCCAACAUUGUACCUAUAAGCUACACCGUUAUACGACAGCGAAACACGUAUCCCAUCCCCCACGUGCUUACGCUCCACGCUCGGCUCCACAACCAGGUCAUACCGACCUUACCCAGGUGCACACCAGAUACUUAGGUGCUCCAAUUUCACCUAAGUCAGUACACCAAGAGAACCCCCACACGAUCUACACCCCUGCUGAUAAACUCAGUACCUGUAGACGUUUCGACCCUCUGUACAUAGUUAUCUAGUUGAAGUUACUACCCCAUACACUCACCCUUACAAACCCACUCCCCCUACCCUGAGCUAACGGCAGCAAAUCCAAGCUCAAUCACACACUGCAAACCCCUGAUGGCCGAUAUCAAUAUCAUUACCCUCAAUGUUAGGGGGCUAAACACCCCCCAAAAGAGGAAAAUGACACUCAACGAAUUACACAACCUGAAGGCUGACAUAGCCUUCCUUCAAGAAACACAUUUCAAGGAAGGCAUAGCCCCCGCCCUGCGAAACAGGAAAUACCCAAGAGGUUACUUCAGCAAUUAUAAAAACUCCAAGGCACGAGGAGUUACAAUACUUAUUUCAGCCCAGUUACCCUUUACAUACCUGGCACACAAGACCGACGACACGGGGAGGCUUCUUCUUGUCAAGGGCCAAAUAGGCCAAACUACAGUCACAUUAGCUAAUGUAUACCUCCCAAACAAACACCAAUGCAAAACCUUUAAGAAACAAAUUAAGGGCAUAGAACGAUUUGCAGAGGGAAUUUUGAUGGUGGGAGGGGACUUCAACAUUUCCAUAGAUGCCAAGUUAGACACUACUUCACAUACCACACUAUAUCAUGCAUCCGCCCGCAAACAAAUGACUGUAAUGUUAGACAAAGCACAACUAAAUGACUGCUGGCGCACUACUCACCCAGCAGCCAAAAACUUCUCUUUCUACUCCCCUACCGCAAAUACAUACUCUAGACUGGACAUGUUUUCCGCCCCCCACAGGUAUCUCCACCUGAUACGCGCCACCAAUUACGAACCCAUUACAUGGUCAGACCAUGCACCCCUGUCUCUUGCCAUCCAUGUACCCACGUUGCCGCAGAAAACCUUUCAAUGGAAAUUGAAUGAUCUGCUCCUCAACGACCCAAGCGUAAUUGCAAAAGUUAAAGACUCGCUGCAGACCUAUUUUUCUACUAACACAUCACCCUCCACGGCCCCACCAACCACGUGGGAAGCCCACAAAUGCGUCCUCAGAGGAGAACUCAUAGGGAUAGCAUCCAGACACAAAAAAUUACGAGAAGCCAAAAUCCAGGCCCUCACAAAAGACAUUAGAUCCCUCGAACAAACCCACAAGCGGCCGCUUACUAGCACACUCACUUCGACAACAGAGACAGUCGAUAUUCAUCUCCAAAAUCAAAACCCCCAAGGGAGACAUAUCUUAUCGACUUCCAGACAUUCUGCAGGCAUUUCAAACAUACUACACGGACCUAUAUAACCUCAGUGAUGCACCCCCCUCACAUACCGAUAUCGAACACUUCCUAGCCUCAAGGAUAAAUCACACGAUCCCAGAUCAGGCGUUAGCGACACUAGACGCCCCAUUACACCCUGACGAGGUACACUCGGUUAUCAAACACCUCCCACUAGGCAAAAGCCCUGGGCCCGAUGGCUUCACGGCCAAAUAUUACAAGACCUUUCUGGAACAACUGACGGAACCAUUUGCACUAGCAUUCAACUCUUUAGCAUUAACAUCCACCCUACCCACUCCAGCACUAGAAGCGCACAUAACCCUCAUCCCCAAGCCAGGGAAAGACCCAACCAACUGCGGCAGCUACAGACCCAUAUCCCUCAUAAAUCUUGACUUAAAGAUUUUCGCGAAAAUCCUGGCUAACCGCCUACGCCCUCUGCUCCAAUCCCUGAUUCACGUAGACCAAGCAGGUUUCUUCCCAAAUAGAGAGGCGAAACAUAACACAACCAAAAUCUUAAACCUCAUAUACCUAGCGCAACGCCUCCCGACAGAUAGCCUUCUGUUGUCCAUCGACGCGGAGAAGGCAUUUGAUAGCUACUCUUCGCAAACUAGGCUUUGGACCACACUGGAUAAGAUGGAUGCAAUCCAUCUAAUCCUCCCCUACUGCUAGACUAAAGGUCAAUGGGCAACUCUCAGACCCAGUCCCAAUCAGAAAUGGCACGAGACAGGGGUGCCCCCUGUCCCCCUUACUGUUCAUCUUAACCCUCGAACCCUUCCUAAAUGGCAUCAGGGGAAACCCAGAGAUUAGAGGCAUACAUGUACAACAGACGGAAUACAAAAUAGCGGCAUUUGCGGAUGACCUCCUCUUUACCAUACAGUCGCCCGAUGUCUCACUACCCCCCCUUUUGGAAGAAGUAUCUCUAUACCAAACACUAUCAAAUUUCAAGGUAAAUUUCUCCAAAAGCGAAAUUCUCCCACUCCGCAUGACCACCCAAACGCGAUCUGCCUUACAACAAAAAUUCCGAUUUACAUGGGCUGACACUGCAAUUACAUACUUAGGGGUGAAACUCCCAAUACACCUAGACUCUACAUUUGAUCUUAACUUUGAACCACUUGCCCAAGCCAUUUCCAAGGAUCUUACGGCAUGGCACAAAAUACAACACUCAUGGUUGAGUAGAAUUAACAUACUCAAAAUGAACACCCUCCCCAAGAUCCUGUACCUGUUACAGACCCUACCCAUAACCAUACCCUUCUUUGCCAAAAUCAAGAGGUUGUUUCAUAUGGGCGCACAAACACCCCAGAGUCCCAUAUGACACCCUCACUAGAAGCAAGUCCGCAGGCGGACUAGGGAUGACCCACCUAGAGAAAUAUUACGAAGCAGUCAUACUGUCUCGAAUCUACGAAUGGUCUACCCAUCCCCCAGCUAAACAGUGGACCAUGUUAGAAAGCUCAAUGUUUAGUGUCCCUCUGCAUACCGCGCCAUGGCACACACAGAGAUCAGUGUUGCUGACACCAGAUCACGCUACACACCCCACCAUUGCCCCCACACUCCGGACUUGGGCACGUAUUAGGAUGAUAGUGGAUCUUUCCCCACAUCCAUCCCCACUGUUUCCCAUAACUCAUAACCUCUUAUUCCAACCAGGACUGCAGGCAGGACCUUUCCAACGCCUCCUAAACAUAACCGACGAGACACACAUCACACUGAGCACUAUACUAGACGGACACUCUGUAAAACCACUACAACGCAUAGCACGGCAGGAUACCCCUACAGCUAUGCAAACGCUUCUCUACAUACAAAUGACACACUUCAUCAACGCCAAUCCCGUUCUCUAUGGAGGAUCGCGCCCUCUCUCUGCUUUUGAAAUCCACUGUAAGGUAAAAAAACGUCAAAACUAAACAACUAUCGACAUUUUAUAGACUCCUGUGGUCACAUCUCAGUGUCACCUUACCUCGCUACACAGAAUCCUGGUCCGCAGAUCUAGACAUCCAAAUUUCGUCCACACAAUGGCAUACUAUCUUUACACAGAUGCACAAAACCUCUGUAUGCACCGCCAUACAGGAAGGCAACUACAAGAGAGUCUCUAGAUGGCACUACUCCCCAGCCAAACUCCAUAAUCUCUUUCCCAAUGCCCCCGUGUGUUGGAAGUGCUCCACACCAGGGGCCCCCCUAGCACACACCUGGUGGCGCUGCCCACUAAUCCAGAAAUUCUGGGAAAACAUAGGGAAAUUACUCUUAACUAUCACAAAUGUCCAAAUACCGCACACCCCGCUUACACUAAUAUUCCUACUACUACCGCAGCCCUUCUGAAACCACAACGACUCCUACUCACUCACCUCAUCACCGCUGCCAACCUACUCAUACCAGUUAAGUGGAAAAAUUCCGCAGCUCCAUCAAUCAGGGAAUGGAUCGCUAAGGUAGAAUCAAUUAGGGUCAUGGAGGAGAUACACGCAUCCCUCUCUCACAAACAUGCACUCUUCAGAGAAAUAUGGGAGCCAUGGGAGGAAUUCAUGAAUAACAAAUAAAGGCAGACACAAGAACCGCACAAACAAAGACACGCAUCGCAAGUACCUGACCCCCUCUACCCGUAGCACCACACAAGCUCUCCAAAGCAGCCACAGACACCUUGUACCCCCCCUUUACCCACCCCUCCCCUGUGAUAGCUGAUAUCGCUACCCAAGGGUUUUGCUCUUUAUCUAUAUUCAGUCGUGACACUGUAUUCAGGAAUGUAUAACUUGUACUGUUACUUUUACACAAUAAAGUAUUUAAAAAAAAAGAAGAAUAUCAAUUCCUAAAUAUUAACGAAGAAGAAAAGAGACAAUGAAAAGUUAUUUAACAGUUAUGAGUAUUAAUACCAAAAGAGAGUACUUAUAACUAUAUAACACAUGGAGUAAAAUUAUUAUAGGAUAGUAUUAUGAAGAGAACUAUUACAUUAUUACCUAUACAUAGGAUGAGAAGUAUCAGAGGUAGAUAAAAUAUGAAGUGGAUAAAAUAAGGAUCAUGGUUACUUAAUACUACAAAGAUUGAGUGCAAUAGUAUUUCAUAGAUUCACUAGAAUAAAUAUUUUGUUUAUAAUCGAGGUGAAGUAAAACAAACAAUGGUAACAAAAGGAAGAAAACUAAGGAAGGAUAAUUUAUAUUGAGUAAUAUUAAGUAAUGGUAUACAUUAAGAAUGCCUUGGAUAUAAGAGUUCAGAAAUCCAAGAGGAAUUUAAUUGAAGUUUAGCUAAGAGUAUAGUACACAAUUAUAGUUGACCUUAGUCUAUGGACUAGGGAGAAUAGGUUUCUGGAUAUGGUGAUAUCCAAUGAAUAAGUUGUUUUAUGAUUCCCCUGAGUUUGUUAGACACAGACUAGGAAGAAGAGUUUCUGGGCAGUAUGACCCCAAGUUUUGUUUAUUUUAUUUUAGUCAGUUGAAGUGUACUAAGGAAUACGGAUUGGCCAGAACAUCCUGCUUUUAAGAUGUAUUACAGAAAGUUCUUAGAAGGUCUCAUAUAAUAAUGAAUUUAAAUUGUUCUUUCCUAGUUAUUUUAAAGUAAACUAUGUUUCUAUUGAAUGAAAAGUUUGUUACUACAAGGUAGAAUAGUAGUCAAAAUUAUAAUUAUGUAAAGAAAAAAAAAAUCUAUGAUAGAAAGAUGUAUGGGUGGGGAAUUUCUAGAACAAUAAGUAUUGUCAACACCAUGAACAUUAUUUGAAGAAUCAUUGUAGAACUUCAUGGUUGAUAACACAUCCUUUGAAUGAGACUUAUAAGUAGUGUUGAUAUAUUUUAGGUAGUGAGAGCCUACUGAAUAUACAAAUGAAAUACUAUGAUUGUAACGUACUGAUACAAUCAUCACUAGGUGGUAUUAAUGGUAUAGGAAUGUAAUUCUUGAAUACAAAUGACCUAAAGAGUUUAAGUUACUAGAAAACAGAUGAUUCAUGGAAAUAUAAUUGGACAGGAUAUUCUAGUAAUACAUGUAUUAGUACUUAAGUAAUAUCAGGUAUUGAGAAUGAAAAUACUAUACUAUAUAUGUCUAUAGGAAUAUGAUAGUGAUACAUAGUUAUUAUCUAGAAAGUUAUCAUCUUGAUUUUGUUGUCUACAAAGACAUGACUGUAGCUGAGCAGGUUGAUCUUUCUCAUUGCUUUACAUUGCUUAUUGGAUCAACAUUUGUAAAUAUUUUAUUUUAUUCAUUUAUUAUUGUUAUAUAUAUGUAUAUAUUAUGUUCAAGUAGUUAUGAUGUAACAUGGAUAUGGAUAUCAAUACAUAGCUGAAACAGAGGGAGUUUGAAGUAAAGUAAGCAGUAUGAGGGAUAGAAACUCGACCUUCUAAGAACUCUCAUAUAAUAGAAAGUUGUGACUACAUCUUGUUCUAUGCUCAAUGAAUGUGAUACAUGAUGUAUGAAUGGACAGGUUAUUACAUUGUGUUAUGGUUUUAAGACAAACCAUAAACAGAGGGAAUGUAGAAUAUUGCAUAUUCUAUGUUUCUAUUGAUUAUAUAUGGAUGUGUGGAUUGACAUAAGUAACAGAUGGUCUAAGUCACAAGGCUUUCUUUGUCCGAGAGCUCUGGAAUGUGGAUUUGGGGGUCUUGUCCUUAUAUGGCUAGAGUUAAAUGCUGACGUUAGUAUGAGCACAUCUAUAUAGUAACAGAGGGGCACAAGGUCGCUCUGUCUUGGUUCUGGCUCUCUCUCGAUGUAAAGAUGUAAGGAUUUAAAGAAGUCCAGCAAUUACAAUCUGCUGUUGAAUGUCCACUAUCCUGUAACAUCCUUUAUUAUGUUUUAUUAUGUAUCCGUAACUAAGAAUAAACCUGAAGAAACCGUAAGUCAGAUUGCGUAUUAGUACUUUUCAAUAAUAUAGACAUAUAUUAUUGUGGAGAGCAUUUGGCCCAAGACUAUAUAUACAAAAGACGUAUAUAUAUCAAUCAACUGAAGACAAGAAGAAAUUAGGAAGAUUUAACAGUGAUGAUUAUUCCAACAAGAUUUUACAGAUAGAUAUAAAGAAAGAAAUAUAGAUAGAAUUAGAAAGAGAUAAAUGGAUAUAAAGAAAUAGAUAGAUAUAAAUAGAUAAAUAGAAAGAAAUAGAUAUAUCGAUAUAAAUAAAUAAAUAUAGAAAUAGGUAGAGACAGACAGAUGGAUGGAUAGAUAGAAAUAGAUAGAUUGAAAUAAAGAUAGCUAGAAAGAGAUAGAAAGAUAGAUACAAAUAGAUAAAUAGAAACAAAUAGAUGGAUACAAAUAGAUAGGAAUAGAAAGAAAGAAAUAGAUAGAAAGAAAUAGAAUUAGAUAGAAAUAGAGAUAGAGAUACAUAUAUAGAAAGAUAUAUAGAAUUAGAUAGAAAGAAAGAAAUAGAUAGAAAUAGAAAAAAAGAAAUAUAUGGAUAGAAAUAUAGAAAUAGAGGAAUAUAGAGAGAUAAAUAGAUAGAAAGAAAUAGAAUUAGAUAGAAAGAAAUAUAUAGAGAGAAAUAGAUACAAAUAGAUAUAUGGAAAGAAAUAGAGACAUAGAUCGAUAGUAAGAAAUAGACAGAAACAGAUAGAAAUAGAUUAUAUAAAUAGAUAAAUAUAUAGAUAUAAAUAGCUAGAAAGAUAGAUAGAUAGAAAUAGAGAAAUAAAUAGGUAGAAAUAGAAAUGGAUAGAAAGAUAGAUAAAAAGAAAUAGAUAUAGAGAAAUAGAUAAAUUGAAAGAAAUAGAUAAAUUGAAAGAAAGAAAUAGCUAAAUAGAAAGAGAGAAAGAAAUAGGUAGAAAUAGAUAGAAAUAUAUAGAAAGAAAGAAAUAGAUAGAUACAAAAAGAUAGAUAGAAAGAAACAUAUAGAUACAAAUAGAUAGAAAGAAACAUUGAUACAAAUAGAUAGAUAGAAAGAAAUAGAUAGAUACAAAUAGAUAGAAUGAAAUAGAUAGAUACAAAUAGAUAGAAAGAAAUAGAUGGAUAGAAAUAGGUAGAAAAAGAAAGAGAGAAAGAAAUAGGUAGAAAUAGAUAGAUAGAUAGAUAGAUAGAUAGAUAGAAUGAAAUAGAUACAAAUAGAUAGAAAUAAAUAGAUACAAAUAGAUAGAUAGAAAGAGAUAGAUAGACAGAAAGAGAUAGCCAGAUAGAAAGAGAUAAAUAGAUAGAAACAGAUAGAAAGAAAUAGAUAAAUAGAAAUAGAAAGAAAGAGAGAAAGAAAUAGAUAGAAAUAGAGAUCAAUAGAAAGAAAAAAAGAAAGAAAUAGAUAGAAAGAAACAGAUAGAAAUAGAUACAAAUAGAUAGAAAUAAAUAGAUAGAUAAAUAAAAAGAAAGAAAUCGAUAGAAAUAGAAAGAGAGAAAGAAAUAGGUAGAAAUAGAUAGAAAUAGAAAUAAAGAAAUAUAGAUACAAAUAGAUAUAUAGAUAGAAAGAAAUAGAUAGAAAUAGAAAGAAAGAAAUAGAUAGAAAUAGAAAGAAAUAGAUAGAUACAAAUAGAUAGAUAAAAAGAAACAUAUAGCUACAAAUAUAUAUAUAGAAAGAAAUAGAUACAAAUAGAAACAGAAAGAAAGAAAUAGAUAGAUACACAUAGAAAGAAAUAGAUAGCUAGAUAGAAAGAGAUAGAUACAAAUAGAUAGAAAGAAAGAAAUAGAAAUAAAGAAAUAGAUACUGUAACAGGAUUACAAUUUCUGCCUGGACUUCUUUAACAAUUACAUACCAUGGAUGUACAAAUAAGCCGACUUGCCUGUUUAUGCGAACCACCAUUGCCCAAGAAAAACGAAUCCAAACUACCGAACACCGGACCACCCUGAAGUAAAAGUUAAGUGAUACUUUACCUCCCAGUGCAGCACAGCCGUUCGCAUGGUUCAGCACGAAUCCUUUGUGUAAAGAAUAGGUGGCCGCCAUUUCGGGACUUUGCACGUGUUCGCGGCCAUCUUACACACAAACAGCGGUAUUUUGCCAUCAAUCGUGUGGAAGUAAAAACAGAUACGCAAACAGGCGAACACCGUUGAGACCUCCAUAACGUGGAUUCGUGCUGAAACUCCCGAACGGCCCGCCGUUCGGUAGAAAGAUUAAACUAUGCAUGGGGAUUCUGGCGAACGUCAUGAUAACUGUGGAUGGUAAGAUUUUCGUGGGGUUUUAAUGCACGAACGGGGACCGACCGGUCAAAACUUCAAAGACCCAUAACUCCCAAAUGCUUUACCCGAAUGGGCUGGAUUUUUGAUAUGUUGUUCCCCUGAGCAAGAGCUAUCUGGAUACUGGAUUUAAGGGUAUACCCCCUGGUUUUGGGGUACAUCCAGAACUUGGGUAAAAUUGUGUGUGUUUUAAUUAUGUUACAUGUUUAUCUGAGGGGAGGAGACGUGUGGGUUGUACCAUGUUGGUGAUUGGGUAUUGUGAUAAUUAUGAAGGUGUAGCCCUUUCCAGGGCAGCAUUGCAUAAAAGGAGACCCCUGUCAAUAAACCUGAGUUCUGCUUGACCCUUCAAAACGUAGCCUCGUCUCGUUCUUGGAAGGGGAUUUACUGUACCAUUACUCUGCUCCAGUUAACAGUUAUGCCUGACUCUACCCUUGGAUUUCGUGGAUGGGAUUAAGAACUCCAUUACUACACAGCAUCUUGCCAGGAAAAGGAAAUCUCCAACGGCUGAUACCCCCUUACUCAGAAGAUUCUUUAAAAUUAUUUAUUAAUCACCUUAAUUGUAAUAACAGAGGCAUUAUUUUAUCUUGUGAAUACAGUAAAACCACUAUUAUUUUUUUAGACCUGGAAAUUUUUAUUAAAAAUGACAUUUUAAACACUAAAACCUUUUUUAAAAAAGUGUGCACAAAUACAGCCAUUGAUCGCUCACGUUGUCACUACAAACCAUGGCUGGAAAGUGCACCAAAAAGUCAAUUUUUAAGAUUGAGAAGAAAUUGCUCUCAAAUAGAAGAUUUUAAUUCGCAAGCUACUUUUUUAAAAAAUCAAUUCACAGAAAAAAACUAUCCAUUAGAUAACCUUAAUAAGACUAUAGAUGCAGUUAGAACCAAAGAAAGAACAGAACUCCUAAAUUACAAAGAAAAAACCUCCGAUAACCAUUCUAGUUUUCCGAUUAUUUUUAAUUUUAAUAAUAAAAGUAACCAUGUUAAAAAAAUGAUUAAUAAACACUGGCAUUUAUUACAACAUGAUGAUACUCUUAAGAAAAUCAUACCAGAAAGACCAAACAUUGUUUUCAGAGGAGCCCCUAGGUUGAAAUCUAUUCUAACCUCCAACUACACUAAAGAAAGCACAAACAGGUCACAAACCUGUUUUUUAACCAAUAUAAAAGGGUUCGUUAAAUGCAAACAUUGCAAAGUGUGAAAAUGCACAGAUCAGUCGACUAAACCCAAAACCACAUACUUCCAAUCUAAUAAAACCAAUAUAACAUAUAAUAUUAAAGAUUUUAUUACAUGCACUACUAAAAAUGUAAUUUACCAGGGGGAGCGUGGCCGACUGCCGGACAAGAUGGACGCAUAAUCCUAAACUCCGGCAAACGGGCUGAAAAUCCGUUGCAAUCCUACCACACAGAACGCAUCACAAACUUCAACACAGAAGAUGUCGCAACACAAAAGCAAGAAGAACUCGACAAAAGCUGAAAAAUUUAAUUUCUUUCAACAGAAACCUCAUCUAUCACACUCGGCCUACUACCGUCUACCCAAGAUGGCGACGAGGGUACCGACGAUGAUAGUGCCUCGCAAAGCAUACCUGAACCAGGGGAUGCCCUGACAAAAAGCCACCUAACUCAAGCAUUGGAAGCCCUGUCCCAAAAGCUGAUUGGGUCCUGGCAGCAUUCCAUGGACUCCCUUCGUAAAGAUGUCCAAGAAAUAGGCAAGAGAACGUCGCACAUGGAAAUGAAAAUGGACGAAAUGGCGGCUGCCCACAACAAUCUUGCAACACACGUGGAGCGAUUGGAAGACAAACUACUACAGUAUAUACUCGAGUAUAAGUCUAGUUUUUCAGCACAUUUUUUGAGCUUAAAAACCCCCACUCGACUUAUACUCGAGUCACUGUCUGUAUUAUGGCAACUUAGAGAGCCGCAGCCGUCAGAGCUAUGGCAACGAUCCGCGCAGCAACCAGACCGCGAGACUUACAGUGGAGCUGACCGGAACGGAGGAGAAGGGAGCUGACAGGAGCUGCAGGAAAGGUAAGUAAAUGCUUCCUGCCGGCCCCCCCACUUCACAGCCCAUGCCACUGGACCACCAGGGAUUAAGAUAGCCCCCCUCCCUGACCAGUUAACAAGCAGGGAGGGGGGACAAAAAAAAUAAUAAAAAAAUAAUAAUAUUAAAAUAAAAAUAAAAAAAAUAAUAAAAAUGCCCUCCCCCCACCUAGUUCACACACACUACACAAACACACACUCUGCAUUAUAUACACACUCUGCAUUAUAUACACAGAGUGUGUGUAUAUAAUGCAGAGUGUGUGUUUGUAUGAGUGUGUGUGUGUGUAUAUAAUGCAGAUUGUUUGUAUGAGUGUGUGUAUAUAUAAUGCAGAGUGUUUAUUUGUAUGAGUGUGUGUGUAUAUAAUUAUAAAAAUCACAGAAUUUCAUAGCCCCAAGUUUUACCCUCGACUUAUCCAAGAGGCACAGCAUAUUUCACAAUUGUUGGUCACAAAACUGCACUCGACUUAUACAUGAGAUCGACUUAUACACGAGUAUAUACGGUACUCACGGAAACGAAACUGGCGGACAUGGAGGACAGGUCUCGGCGAAACAACCUGCGGCUGCGGGGGGUACCUGAGACAGUGCUCCCAGCGGAUCUGCAAGCAUAUGUGCGAGGCCUGCUCGGUGCUUACGCGCCUGAUAUCCCGUCCGAUAUGCUGCUGCUCGACAGGGUUCAUCAGGUGCCGCGUCCACGACACCUGUCAGACUCCUCGCCCAGAGAUGUUCUGUUACGUGCCCAUUACUACCACAUUAAGGAGCACGUCCUCCGAGCCAGCAGAAGCAAACCCAAGCCUCCAGACGAUUACGCUACGGUACAAAUCUUCCCAGACAUCUCAGCGAUCACCCUGCGAAGAAGGAAAGAUUUCGCCCCCAUUACUGCGGCACUUCGUACCAACGGAGUGCGGUACAGGUGGGGAUAUCCCACGAAGCUCUUGGUGACCAGAAAUGGCUCUCUUAAGGCUAUCCUGACCCCCGAAGAUGGCGCCAACCAGCUGAAGUCGUGGGGCAUCAACCCACAACUAGAACCUGCGCAAGCUCCAUCACUGGGCAGAUUACGCCUGGACUGGCAGAAAGCGCCGGACAGGCAUUAAACCACGCUGACAGCUGCAUGAGGGACACGCAAGUAUCAUGCACCACACACUUAUUUCCCACAGGCAUACUGACAUUGGAAGGGCCCAGCGGAACUCUCACUCUUGUACAUUUUGGCAUCUCCGGAGAGUUCAACCACUCACCCACGGGGGGAUACUUUCUUGACUGAACACUGAAUAUAUGCACAUGCCAGGAGAUGGACUUCCCCUGAGAUGGCAUACUAGUAGUUGUGAACUCUCAUGUUGCCACAUUGACAGUAAUGGCUGGGAGAUUGGGGAGAUGCAGGGUUGUUGGGGACCCAGCAAGAUACGUGCUAGUUGUUUUCGCUGUGAUGUUGGCCGAGCCCAUGUGGGUGGGUGGCGUGGGCCCGGGCGCCUUCCCCCGGUCGUUCUCCUCCGAGGGGGGGGAGGGACGGGGGGACGUGCGGGGUACCUCGUGGCCCAUACCAAUGGCCAUUUUAUGUGUCUCAUUAUGCGACUUAUGCUUUUUUUUUUUUUGUAACUGUGCAAACCCCUUCACCAAACCCUAGCCAUUGUUGAGGUAUUACAAGGGACACUGUUGAUAGACCCUCGUGACUGCACACAAUCACCAACCAGCCCUAGGGAAAAAGGUGACCCAUAGACCCCUCGGAUAAGGUUUAGGAUCAGGAGUGAAACGGAGAAGCCUGAAAUACAGCACGGAUGCAGGUGCCCUUUCAGAUGCUGAUAAGAGCCUCAACAGCUCGUCCUGUCACACAUACUCUUGCGAAUGAUUAGCAUUGCGCUGUACUCGGUACAGCAGCCACUCAUGCAGCAACCACACCCAAGUUUUCCUUCCCAGUCCUCACAUAUUCAAAAAAAAAAAAAAAGUUCUGUCCAAACCCAAAGGCUACCAAGCCCACACGCCACACCACAGGAGACAAAUGUUUCCGUACCCCAUGGUGCGCACCCACCGCACCAAUUCCCUGCUACAGGGAACAUGUAUAUAUUCCUCUCCUUCCAACCCUCUCUUUACCACACCCAAGUUGUCCCCUCCCUGCUCGAGGUACAUUAGUCUCUCUGAGAAUAGAUCCACAAGAGUACUCCAAAUAAACAAACAAAUACUACAACCUGAGAAUACACACUAUUAACGCGUGCGGCUUGAACACUGGGCACAAACGGCGUGUCCUGAUAGACAUGGCCAGGAAAGACAAAAUAGACGUCCUCUGUGUGCAAGAAACCCACUUUACACAUACCAAAAUUCCUAAGUUUGCACAACAGGAAUAUCCCACGCAAUAUCACUCCACACAUAUAUGUCAUCAUUCACUGCACGAUAAAUGACAUUAAUUACACGAUUGCUUCAGUGUACAGCCCGAACACUAACCAAAGAAAUUUCUUACACAAA